UUUCUCCCCCUGAUUUUUGCUUCAGUUUCUUCCGUUUCUUCAGUUUCUUUUUCAAUUUGAUGUCUCCACCGUUCAUUCUUUUCCCUGUUCUCUUAUGUUUCAUAUUCAUAUGUUCGGAUGUUCCUCUUUUCCGCCUUCAUCUAUCUCCGUCUCCUCUCCUCUUCUCUUUUCUUCUUCACCGGGCACUCCCUCCAAUUCAACCGGCACCAAGAAACAUUCCCUGCAAUUUCGUUAAAGAUUGAAAUCUUCACUUUGAGACCCUUCUUCUUCUCCUUCAUGACCACAUCCGCACCAAUUCCAAGAAUUGAAAUCUUCACUUUCCCACCAAAGAGGAUGAUAAGAGAACAUGCUAUGCUUAGGAGUCUGGGAGAUAUACUUACACACCAGCACCACCAUAGGGGGCAAACUGGAAAUCACGUUGAACUUAAGGCUGCCCCCACAAGUUGAUCCUAUUAAAUUGGACUUAUCAAACUCAGCAAUUACCGAAAAGGUAUGGUUAUGGACCUUAUGGUACAUAAAUGCAAAGAUUUUUUUUUACAAGUUACAGAUAUUUGUAUUUGUCUCAAAGUAGACAAUAUAUACAUAGACAACAGUCUGCCUUGACAUCUUGAAAAAGUAGUGAAGCCCUGCCUUGGAAUUUCCAAUCUAGGUCUUAACUUUGAAGUUCUCUCAAUUCUUCGUUUAGAAGUAAUGCUGAUUAUUUAGAUGCUUUAAAGUCAAAUUCACAACUUCUAAAUCUCCUUUUCCAAAAGGUUUCUUUUAUCCCUUGGACAUGAGUUUGACCUGGUCUAUAUGAACUGCCUUUUUAUUGAAAUUUAUAAUAGUCACAUCUAUUCUAUCUAAUCUGAUGUUCGUGGCAUUAUGUUGCUCUAAUAAUAGUUCUAAGUUCUAACUUCUAACAGUCCAACAAGUAAACUCCAAAAACAUUUUCAAAUCAAUGAAGUUUAAAGAAGAUCAAAUAAACUAUUCUUUUUAUACUACCUCCAUCCCAAUGGAGUGUACACUCUUUGAAUUAGGUGAGAAAUAGUAAUAGUAAAAAUUGUAUGGUUAAAGUUUGUGCAGAGGUGAAAGAAAUGAGGAGAACUACAAAAUAAUUACUUUAAUGGGAAAGUGGGAAAUUUUUUUGGGACAACCAAAAAGGGAAAGUUGACAAAGUCCAAUGGGUCAGAGAGAGUAUAUGCUAUGAUUUGGGAACACUAAAACUACAAGUAAUGGUGCUGGCUAUUUUUUUAAAACUGCCCGUCAAACUUUAUCAUUAGUCAAUACCAAUAUUCUUGGCAUUAGUUUUCUGAAAAAAAAUGAGAGAUAUUUUAAUGCCAAUUUUCCACUAUCUUUUUCACCAGAUUAUAUAUUUGGAUUCAUUAAAAGUGGUCACCUGUUUAAUCAACUGUGUUUAAUCUACUACUAUGUUUCUUUUCUGUUGCUGCUUUAGUCUUACGAGUUACUGGAAUAUCUUAAAUUCCAAGCAUUUCACAUUAUAGAGGAAGCUAGACCAUCAUACACGGAGUAAUUAUUGCCUUAAUUAUUUGAAUCUUUUUAUAGCUGAAAUUAUAUGUUUUUUUCUGUAUUGGCUGAAGUUCAUGACAGGCACGAGCUGAAAACGUCCUCUAGCAAUAUUAUACUCUAUCCUUCCUCCUUUUUUUGAAAAGAUAUAGAAGUAGAUAAAUUACAAUUAUAUGGUAGCACUGCAGUCCCGCUCUCUUUGAAAUGGGUGACACUAAAGUCAUUGCUGCUAUAUGUGGUCCCAGGCAGGUUUGUGAUGGUUUAUUUUGUAAUGAUCUCAAUGGUGAUCGCAUGAGGAAGCCAAGAGGUGACCAUUGAUCUGCCACAUUAAUGCUUAGUUAUAUGGCAUAAAAUAUGGCAUAUAAGUAAUAUGGCGGCAUUCAUAUCAAUUUCUACCCUAUGAAUAUUACUCUGUUACACAUCAAGACAAUUCAUCUUUAUAAGUCUACCCUAUGAAUGCUUAUUUAUAUGGCAUUCACCGUGUACUUGUAACUUAACUUUCAUGUCUUAUAAGCUGUUUUUGGUAAUCUUCAUGCGGAAAUGAGUGAUUGCAAGUCUUUUC